AUGCUGAGACUUUGUGCAAGUGUGACAACAAUACAGCAUCUCAUGGGAAUUAAGAUUAGACCAUGCUUCAGUUUACACAGGAAACUGACAAGGUCGCAUCGUGCAGUGGGUGCAGUACGGUGGAUGAGCAGCUGUAGACCAGCCCCUGUGUUGACAGCUGCUCCUGUUCGUGCUCUCAUAGACGAACAGAUCCGCAUUAAAGGACACUUGCUUCCCCCGAGCAGUCCAGUUACAGUGUGUGCACGAAUGCACAGUGACGAUGGUGACCUGUGGGAGGCCUUUGCACAUUAUAAUACAAAUGCAGAUGGCACUGUGAACUUGACCAGGGAUAAUUCUGUUGGGGGUUCAUAUUUGGGCUGUGAGCCAAUGGGAAAAUUUGAGAGUUUCAUGUCUACGUGCUGCUCUUUCCACAGAUUGAGGGAAAAAAAUGUAGAAACUCCAUACUUAUACCACAUUUCUGUACUGGACGGGCAUGUGUCACCCAGUGAGGCACAGGGUGCUGAGCUGGCAGCUGUAACUGCUGAGCGCUGGUACAUGGCACCAGGCGUGAGGAGAAUAGAGAUUCGUCAAAAUGCACUUGUAGGGACGUUAUUCUUACCCCCUGGUCCAGGUCCCUUUCCUGCCAUGUUGGACCUGUGGGGAAUGGGUGGAGGACUGGUGGAGUACCGCUCUGCUCUGUUUGCAUCCAGAGGCUACGCCAGCUUCUCUCUCGCCUACAUAGGGCACAAAGAAUUACCUGGCCCACGGAACUGCCUCAAUGUUGAUGAUUCAUAUUUCAAGUCAGCCUUCCACCUGCUGCAAGAUCAUCAUCAGAUCUGCGCCGACAGAGUUGGGGUCAUCGGUCUGUCAUAUGGAGGCUACCAGACUCUUCGAAUUGCCACUCAGACUGGAGUCAAACCAUCCUGUUUGAUUUGUAUCAAUGGACCAGUAGGAAGUUUCAUCAGAAUCCCUGAUGCAGACGGCAGGACUGAAUCCCCUGAAAGUGAACCCACAUAUUGGACGCUCACUGAUCAAGGCUUUCUCACUUUCAAUGAAGUCUCCUUGCCUGCCAAUGUUUAUCCUGGGAGCAUUGUGAAGAUAGAGAACCUCAACUGCCCAUUAAUGAACAUAGAGGGAGAAGAUGACCUGAACAUGGCGAGCAGGGAGAAUGCAAAUCUGGCAGACAUCUUUUUCCAUCACAUAUGCUAUAAUUGCCCCUGA